AUGGCCGACGAACAACCCCCCACCCCCGCCGAGCUCGCCCGCCGCGAGGAAGAAGAAUCCGCCCGCAAAGCCCGCGAAGCCGCCGAACAAGCCCAACUGCCCUACAAAUGGACCCAAACGAUCCGCGACGUGGAGGUGACAAUCCCGGUGGCAUCGAAUAUCCGCGGUCGGGAUCUAGAUGUUGUGCUCACGAAGACGAAAAUUCGCGUUGCGAUCAAGGGGCAGGAGGCUUUUAUUGACGGCGAGUUCCCUCAUCCAGUAAUCCCCGACGAAUGCUCCUGGACCCUUGAAUCAACAUCGAAGCCGCCCGGCAAGGAAAUCUCGAUCCACUUGGACAAGGUGAACAAGGUGGAGUGGUGGGCGCAUGUUGUUACGAGUGCGCCGAAGAUCGAUGUUACGAAGAUUACGCCGGAGAACUCGUCGCUGAGUGAGUUGGAUGGCGAGACGAGAGCAAUGGUCGAGAAGAUGAUGUAUGAUCAGAGGCAGAAGGAGAUGGGUGGGUUGACGAGUGAUGAGCAGAAGAAGAGGGAUAUUUUGAAGAAGUUUCAGGAGGAACAUCCUGGUUAG